AUGGAAAACAACAAGACUUCAAAAACAGUUGAAGAAAAUAAUUAUCAACUUGUACUAGACGAACAAGCAACAACAAAUAAUCAUUUAAAAAAAUUAAAAGAUGAUGAUUUUGAAGAGCAACAACUUUCUUCAAAAUUUGCUUCAUUAUAUUCUAAAUUACCCGAUCAACAACCUCUUUAUCAAAUUUAUUUAUUACAAGAACAACAAAGAAUUAAUGAUUCUUUGGAACCUAUUGAAGAAAUUUUAAAUAUUGGAAAGAAAAAAAUUUUGUUAAAAAGGAAAGGAGGAGGAGAGACUGAAAUUGAUGAAGAAGAUGGGGAAGGUGAAAAGAAGAGUGAAGAGGAGGAAGAAGAAAAGGAUGAAAUAGAUAGUGGUUAUCCAGAAUCGGACGAACAACAACAACAUCCUUCAGAUCCAACUAGUAUUAGUAGAAGUUGUUCUGCCAGUAAUUCCUCAGCAGUUAUUCGAAGACAUUCCUCUUCUACAACAGAUUCGGGAAGAGCUGAUUCACUCAUUAUUCGUCCUUUAAAACGUGAACGUCUUCUUGGCCAGAGUAUUUUCGCUUCACAACGCUCGUUAUGGUGUGAAUUGCCAGAAGUGAAAGAAUCUGGUAUUCUAGAACAACUGAACGAUGAUCAGAGAAAGCUGCAAGAAGCCUAUUUUGAGGUAAUUACAUCAGAAGCUUCCUAUUUGCGCUCUAUUUCUUUUCUGAUUUCACAUUUUAUGUCAGCACCAGAAUUAAUGGGAAGCAAAAAUACACAAUCUGUGAUAACGAGUUCUGAAAGGAAACAAUUAUUUAGGUGAAUAUUCUUUUUAUUUUUAAAAUUUAUAUUUUUCCGGAACCUCCCAUUUAUGACUUUUUUUUUGACUUAAACUUUAUUUAAAUUUAUCCGACAACGAUGUUAGUGGACUCCCUUUCGUUGUAUAUUUUUAAUUUUUGAAUAAAUAAAUUUCUUUUCAGAGUUCUGAAAGGAAACAAUUAUUUAGGUAAAUAUUCUAUUCUUAAAAUUUAUAUUUUUCCGGAAAAUGUUUACUUUUUCUAAUGAUUGAAAUAUGUAUUUCUUUUUUUAUAUAGCAAUAUUUUUGGCAAUUCGUGAUGGUAGCGAACAUUUACUCGUAGAAUUAGAAGCUCGUUUAAAACAAGGAUUAGUAUUACCCGAUAUUUGUGAUAAACAGUUUUUUUUGCUUUUUAUUAUUAUUUUUAUUAUUUUUUUGUUGUUUUUUUUAUUUUUUUUUCUUUGCCAAUGCAGAGAAUUACUCAUUACCCGUUGGUAAUUGAUACGCAAUGGUUGCAUCAAGACCAGCAUCAGAAUUCGGUAAGAAAAAUUUAAAAAAUCAGAGCAAGAUAUGGUAUAUUACCUAUAACUUUUUGUAGGAUGUUUAUGUCGGAUUAGUGUAAUUAUAAAAAAGAUGCGGCAUCUCGAGACCUUUCGAAUAAUAUAUGAAAUCCCUUUCAUUAUUAAUGUUAGAAAGAGAUAGCCAUAAAACACUAUUCCAUUAACGAUACUCAAGUGUCCCCUCUACCCGUAUUAUGGGAUUUUAAGUAAAUGAUGUCUACAAAAUUAGAGAAGAAUAAGGGAAAAAAUAGUGUGAUAGAGAGCAUAAAUAAAUUCGGUCGUGUGCAGCCGUUUUAGUGC